AUGGCAGGAAUUGGUACAAACUCGAUCCAUGCAGCGGAUAAGUUAUCUCGUGUCAGUGAUGUGAUCCAACCAAUCAACGUCACUACCACGUUUAGGUAUUCUGAAGAUCCCAGCACUUAUGUGAAGGCAGUUGAUAGAACAUAUGAUUCAAUUAUUGGUGAUCACUAUUAUUCAAGAUUGACUCAUCCAAAUUCAGAAGCAGCUGAAGAAAUCAUUGGAACCAUAACUAAUGCAAAAGCUGUGGCAUAUAGUUCCGGGCUUGCAUCAAUCUUUGCUGCCUUCACCUACUUUAACCCAAAGACAGUCGCAAUUGGACUUGGAUAUCAUGGAACUCAUGGAAUCACAAAGAUUUUCUCCAAACUCACUAAUUUAAAGCAAAUCACUCUCCAAGAUGUAGCAAAAGAUCCUACUCAAUUGAGCACUGGUGAUGUGAUAUAUGUAGAAACCCCUGUUAACCCUGAUGGUGAGGUUUUCGAUUUAGAGUUUUUCGGAAACAUUGCCCAUUCUCGUGGGGCACUCCUACUCGUAGAUGCUACAUUUGCUCCUCCUCCUUUGCUGGAUCCUUUUAAACAGGGUGCAGAUUUAGUGAUCCACUCGGCCACAAAGUUUUUUGGUGGUCACAGUGACUUAUUGGCUGGAAUUCUAUUAACAAAAUCCGACAAGGUUAAGAAUGACUUGGUAUACGAACGUUUACUUUUAGGUUCUACUAUUGCUAAUUUAGAAUCGUUUCUCUUGAUUAGAAGUUUGAAAACUUUUGAACUUAGAAUUAGAAGGCAGUCUUCUAAUGCUACCAAAAUUGUUGAGUAUUUGAGUGCCAAUCAACAUAAGUUCCCUAAACUUGUGAAAAUUUCACAUGGCUCAUUACAAAAGGAUGCAUUUAUUGCAAAGCAAAUGCCUAAUGGCCAUUCUCCAAUUUUUUGCAUAGAGUUAGAAACUGAAGAAUUGGCCAGGUCGUUUCCAUCGAAGUUAGAAUAUUUCCACCAUGCGACGUCCUUAGGCGGAGUGGAAAGCUUGAUUGAAUGGAGACCUAUAAGUGAUUCUACAUGCCCUGUAACUUUAUUAAGAGUCAGUGUGGGUGUAGAAAAUGUAGAAGACUUGAUAGCUGAUAUUACAAAAGCCUUGGAAAGUAUCCAUUAG